AAGCUUAUCCAUACCUGAUUAUCCUAACUCACCUAAAUCCCCUUCUACAACUAUUGUCUACAUGUGUACUCUCAUCAUCAACAUGUGUCCAUUAGGUGAUGCCGCUAGCGCAGUCCAUCACCUGCUGAAAUAUAAGGACUUUAGCAUGGUAGCAAGUUGCCUCACCAAGACACCAACCCUCCUCAUUCAUCUCGGUCGCCUCGCCGCUGUCGCUCACGGAGCUCACGUUGGCGUCGCUCCCACUUCUCGCGUCACUAUCCUUGCCGACUUGCCUCUCCGAUCUGCGGUCUCUGUUCUGUGCUCACCAUGUCGUCCCUUCUUCCUCCGUCGUCGUCUCUCUGGUUUAAAUCUUGAUUUGCAAACUUUUAAUGAUGAUGAAGAUGUUGAAAGUGAUCAAGAAUAAGGGUUGAAGAUUUCUUUAUAUCUAAUAUUGUAAUUUCUUUAUUAUGGACUUAUGGUUUUAAAUUUGUAGUGAUCAAACACUUCUUUUUUUUUUUUAAUUUCAAAUUAUUU